UGCAGACAGGAGCCAGCAAGGAAUUAUCGGAAAACUCUCGUACUUUAACGUAAUUAAUUCAAAGCCUGAUGAAGUGAACUUCACAAUGACCUUUGAAAGAAACAAUGGUCCUAGAGGUGAAGCCAGCAAGAAACUUGAUUCUCAGAGAAACAGGAUCAUAGCUACUACAGCACUCAAGGAAGCAAGAUCACUGGCCGAUCAAGGGAAUUACUCUGAAGCUAAGAAAGUCCUUGAGGCCGCUACUAAGAAGAUCAGUGAAUCGGUAUCAGUUGGAGAGCAGUUCUGUCAGGGUCUUCUGAGCGACUUAACAAAUGCUGCAGAUACCAUGAGGUCUCAGCAUGAAUACAAGUCAAAGGGAGCACAUUAUCUAAUGAGCAAGAUGCAAACUCAUUCUGCUCAGAGGAGCAAUUACAUGAGUGAAGAAACUCCUUAUAGUAAUACUUCCAGAGGCAUCUUUGUUGCAAAAUCAAAGGCAAUGAAGAAGAAAUAGAAAUAAACUAAAACUAAUAAUAAUAAUAAUAAUUAGAAAAUGGUAUCAUUUGGCUACUAAAGUUAUAUUUUUAUAUUUUUGUUUUUUGUAAUCAUGUAUUUUUCUAUUG